AUGGCCGCUCCGUGCUCCCUGUGGAUGGCGCUGGUCCUGCUGGGGGCCCUGGGGGUCCUGCCUGCCCCGGCCCGGGCCUCUGAGCAACACAGCUUCCAGCAGGACCAGUUCCUAGGACGCUGGUUCUCUGUGGGCCUGGUCUCCAACGCCAACUGGUUCCGGGAGAAGAAGGACAUCCUGUCCGUGUGCCUCGUCGUGGUGGCCCCGGCCGCGCCUGAGCAUGGGCAAGGCGUCCUCAGCCUCACCACCGGCUUCCUCAGGGGAGACGAGUAUGAGACCCGGAGCGUGCUGCUGACGCCAAUGGACACCCCCGGCCACUACACCUAUAACAGCAUCUACUCGGGCAGAAAGCAGGACCUGUGGGUGGAGACGGAUAGUGAGUACGCGCUUCUGUACACUGUGUGGGGCACCGACGAGAGCAAAUUCCACUUGGCCACGCUGUACAGCCGCACUGAGACCCUGCAGGACCCUGCUGUGAAGGACAAGUUCACCGACUUCGCCACCGCCAAGGGCCUCCCCAAGGAGGACAUUGUCUUUCCGCCGAACACGGGCAAGUGCAUGUAG